AUGGAGAAGACCUACUCGUUGACGGCCCACUAUGACGAGUUUCAGGAGGUGAAAUACGUGAGUCUCUGCGUCAUCUUGACGUGUAUGUUGGUCCUCAAGUACCUGGCGGCUGAAGGGGACAGCUACUGCCUGGAGGGGUGCCAGGAGAAGAAGGCCUUCCUACGGGCAUCUCGCUUCCUCAGCGCCAACAUGGAUGCCACCAUCGACCCCUGCCAGGACUUCUACUCCUUCGCCUGCGGCGGGUGGCUCCGGCGGCACGGCAUUCCCGAGGACAAGCUGGUCUACGGCACCAUCGGGGCCAUCGCCGAACAGAACGAGGCCAAGCUGCGGGCGCUGCUGAGCAGCCCCGUGCGGCGCCGAGCCCCCGCCUCGAUCGACCAGGAUGGGCUGACGCUGCCCGAACGGACCCUCUACCUGGGGCAGGACGAGGAGAGCGAGAAGAUCCUGGCCGCAUACAGGGUGUUCAUGGAGCGGCUGCUCACCCUCCUGGGGGCCGAGCACGUGGAGCAGAAGGCCCAGGAAAUCCUGCAGCUGGAGCAGCACCUUGCCAAUAUCACAGUGUCCGAGUACGAUGACAUGCGGAGGGACGUCAGCAGCAUGUACCACAAAGUGACCCUGGGCGAGCUGCAGCGCAUCACCCCCACGCUCAAGUGGAAGCGCUUGCUGGACCGCAUCUUCCACGACAACUUCUCGGAGGAGGAGGAGGUGGUGCUGCUGGCCACCGACUACAUGCAUAAGGUGUCCGACCUCAUCCGCGUGACGCCAAGCAGGAUCCUCCACAACUACAUGCUGUGGCGCAUUGUGGUGGUGCUGAGCGAGCACCUCUCCACCCCCUUCCGCGAUGCCAUCCACGAGCUCUCCAAGGAGAUGGAGGGCAACGAGAAGCAGCUCGAGCUGGGCAAGAUCUGUUUGAGCCAGGCCAACAAGCACUUUGGCAUGGCCCUGGGUGCUCUCUUUGUUGAGGAGCACUUCUCCUCUGCCAGCAAAGCCAAGGUGCAGCAGCUGGUGGAGGACAUCAAAUACAUCCUGGACCAGCGCCUGGAUGAGCUGGACUGGAUGGAUGAGGAGACACGGAGAGCGGCCAGGGCCAAGCUCCGGUACAUGAUGGUGAUGAUCGGGUACCCCGAUUUCCUGCUGAAGCCAGAGGCCAUCGACAAGGAGUAUGAGUUCGAGGUGGAUGAGAAGACCUACUUCAAGAACAUUCUCAACAGCAUUGCCUUCAGCAUCAGGCUCUCGGUGAAGAAGAUCCGGCAGGAGGUGGACAAGUCCGCGUCCCUGAACUAUGCCGGGAUCGGCACCAUCAUCGGGCACGAGCUGACCCACGGCUACGACGACUGGGGGGGACAGUACGACCGGCACGGGAACCUGGUGCACUGGUGGACGGAGCGGUCCUACAGCAAGUUCCUGAAGAAGGCGCAGUGUAUUGUCAACCUCUACGACAACUUCACCGUCUACAACCAGCGGGUGAAUGGCAAACACACGCUGGGGGAGAACAUCGCUGACAUGGGGGGGCUCAAGCUCGCCUACUAUGCUUACCAGAAGUGGGUGCGGGAGCACGGCCCCGAGCACCCCUUGCACCACCUGAAAUACACCCACGACCAGCUCUUCUUCAUCGCCUUCGCCCAGCUGCAAUGCUCUCCUGUGUCCCCAGUGUUCCCUGCCGGCAUCCUGCAGCCCACCCUCUACGACCCCGAGUUCCCGCAGUCCCUGAACUAUGCCGGGAUCGGCACCAUCAUCGGGCACGAGCUGACCCACGGCUACGACGACUGGGGGGGACAGUACGACCGGCACGGGAACCUGGUGCACUGGUGGACGGAGCGGUCCUACAGCAAGUUCCUGAAGAAGGCGCAGUGUAUUGUCAACCUCUACGACAACUUCACCGUCUACAACCAGCGGGUGAAUGGCAAACACACGCUGGGGGAGAACAUCGCUGACAUGGGGGGGCUCAAGCUCGCCUACUAUGCUUACCAGAAGUGGGUGCGGGAGCACGGCCCCGAGCACCCCUUGCACCACCUGAAAUACACCCACGACCAGCUCUUCUUCAUCGCCUUCGCCCAGAACUGGUGCAUCAAGCGGCGAUCCCAGUCCAUCUACCUGCAGGUGCUGACCGACAAGCACGCCCCGGAGCACUACAGGGUCCUGGGCAGCGUCUCGCAGUUCGAGGAGUUCGGACGGGUUUUCCACUGCCCCAAGAAAUCGCCCAUG